AUGUCUUUUCACAAAGAUGCCCUGAGAAUCACAAGCCAGGCAGCCCUGAAAACCACAUAUCUUAUACAGAUAGGAGUGGGGUCUCUGGCCAAUGUCAUCCUUUUCUUCCACAACAUCUCUCCAGUCUUGCUUGGCCACAAGCAGAGACCCACACACACGAUUCUCGCCCACAUGGCCGUGGCCAAUCUCCUGCUUCUUCUUUCCUCUGGGAUUCCCCACACCCUGGCAUUUUUUGUUUCAAGGAACCCCCUGUCCAGUCUUGGGUGUCAACUUGUAAAUUAUAUACACAGAAUGGCUCGUAGCACCACCCUGUGCUGCACCUGUGUCCUGAGCACCUAUCAGUCCUUCACCCUCAUCCGCAGGAGACCAGAGUGGAGGAUGCUCAGAAGAGCCCCCAGACACACUGGCUUUUCCUGUUGCACCUGCUGGAUAGUCAGUGUCUUAAUGUACACCUGUGUUCCUGUGACACUCACUGGUCCACAGGACAUGCGCAACCAUACUGAUACCCAAGGCAAGUGGUUCUGCACAGCCUUGGAUGAUAAAUUAGGCUUUACAUUCUUGUGGUCCAUCUCUGAUGCCGUGCUUAUUGGCCUCAUGGUCUGGUCCAGUGGCUGCACGGUGCUGCUCCUGCGCAGACACCACCAGAGAAUGCAGUGUGUUCGCACCCCCGCUGGGCACCACAAAUGCUCCCCGGAGACCAGAGCUGCCCACACCAUCCUGAUGCUGGUGGUCACCUUUGUCAUCUUCUACGUGCUCAACUACAGUUUUGUUUUUCACAUCACUGUCUCUUUAGAUUUUCGUCUAUGGUUGCUACAGGCCUCUAAUGUCUUGGUCUCCUAUUUUCCCACUGUUUCCCCCUUCCUGCUGCUCCUUAGGGAUCCUAGAACUCUUAGGCUCUGCUCUUGA